AUGUUGCGUCGCCUGCACACGCGAAUCAUUGGCAUGGGCUCCGUCUGUGGCCUCGCGCCAUCCCCGCCGGCGGAGCUGUUCCUCAAGACCCUUCCUUCGCCGUGCGACGUUGACCCGGCGAAGUACCGCCGCUUUCAGAGAGAGGAGGCGGAAGCGCACGCCGCGCGGCCGCACCUCACGACUGCUGCGGCCUCUCCGUUGAGCGCCCCAGAGCCGUUUUACGACAUGGUCGAUGCGUCAGCGGGACACAAGCACGUUGCCAUGCUCACGCGCGAGGGCAACCUCAUCACCGUCGGCGACAACCGGUACGGACAGACCGGGGCACUGAACCCGGAAGGCGAGGGCAGCGGUGGUGACGCGGCGGCUUCCCCGUCUCUCUCCCAUGGCAGCACUCGCCACGGCAGCGGAAGCAGCAGCGUUGUGCGCGCCUCGUCCGUCGUUGCCGAUCUUGACCCGCUCUAUAUCGACCUCGACGGGGCAUUUCCGCAAGCCGAUUCCUCCGUCAUCCGCGUCGCGUGCGGCUCGAACUUCACCCUGGUCUACCAGCGCAACGGUCGUCGUGUCAUUGCGUUCGGCAACAACCACAUGGGGCAACUGGGGGUGGGGCACAAGCAGCGCAUAGACGGUGUGCGCGGGUUCAUGGAAUGGGAUCCGACGGCGUCGUGGUGGCCAGCGGAGCGGGCGUGUGUGCUAGAAACCAUGUACUGCGGCUUCAAUCACGCGGUGGCCACACUCAGCGACGGCGGACUCUACGCAUUUGGGUGCAAUAACUGGGGGGAGCUCGGCAUCGGCAACAGCGACGCGCCAAUGUCGCCGACACGGAUCGCGUUCUUUGAGGAGCGCGACAUGCGCGUCGUCAAAGUGGCCCUCGGCAACUCCUUCACCCUAUUUCUCACGAAGGAGGGACGCGUGUUUGGGUGCGGCGCGACAAACGGCGGCCAGCUGCCGCCGAACGCGUUCGACCCGGUGCCCAUCCCCCUCACACGCUCUUUCCAGCAGCACGGAAGCGACGAGGCGCGGCACACCGUGUGCGGCGCGCCAAAGCUGAUUCGCGUGAAGGACAUCGCCUGUGCCGGCAGCCUCGCCGUCUUUGUGAGCGCCAAGAACGAGCUCCUGAUUCAAGGGUCGCUGCCCGAGUACGGUGUCAUGAUCCCGUCGCCGCGCUUCGCGGCAGUGGACCAGGGCCCGGCGCUCAAGUACUUCGCCGCGCGCAUGGGUCCACAGACGUCGGAGACGGACUACGAUAUUGUGGGGCUGACGGGUGGUCCAUCCACGCUGCUGGUGCGGUAUCGCAACGGCUGCGUCGCCGCCCUCGGGGCCAACACAGAGGGGCAGCUGCACAAUAUCACCAAGGUUCUGAACGGCAAGCGCGUCAACCUCGCACCAGCCUUCAAAGCGACAGAGCUGUUCCCGAUGUUGGUGCCGGCGACGCCGCUGUGGGACACGGCGUGGUUUGCGUCCGGCAAGGGGUUCAACCUGCUUUUCGACAAGAACGAGGCCUACCACGUGCCUGAGAGCGCCGCGCCGAUCGAGCUGCCGCCCGGGAGCGGCAAUGCGCGGUGCGUCGCCCUCAAUCGCCAGCAGCGCCUUCGCGCGUCGCUCAAAUGA